GACAGAACACAGAAAGAACGUGAGUGCAUCUCAGUCCAUGUUGGGCAGGCUGGUGUGCAGAUCGGCAAUGCUUGCUGGGAACUUUACUGCUUGGAGCAUGGGAUUCAACCUGAUGGCCAGAUGCCCAGCGACAAGACUAUUGGGGGAGGGGAUGACUCCUUCAACACCUUCUUCAGUGAAACUGGGGCUGGAAAACAUGUGCCCCGAGCAGUGUUUGUGGACCUGGAGCCCACAGUAAUUGAUGAGGUUCGGACGGGCACAUACCGCCAGCUCUUCCAUCCAGAGCAGCUCAUCACAGGCAAGGAGGAUGCAGCCAAUAACUAUGCCCGAGGCCACUACACCAUUGGGAAGGAGCUCAUCGACCUGGUGCUGGACCGGAUUCGGAAGCUGGCUGACCAGUGCACAGGGCUCCAAGGAUUCCUCAUCUUCCACAGUUUUGGAGGGGGCACGGGCUCCGGUUUCACCUCACUCCUCAUGGAGCGGCUCUCUGUGGACUAUGGCAAGAAGUCCAAACUGGAGUUUUCCAUCUACCCAGCCCCUCAGGUGUCCACAGCUGUAGUGGAGCCCUACAACUCCAUCCUGACCACCCACACCACCCUGGAGCACUCAGACUGUGCCUUCAUGGUGGACAACGAGGCCAUCUAUGACAUCUGCCGCCGCAACCUGGACAUCGAGCGUCCAACUUACACAAACCUCAACCGGCUCAUCGGCCAAAUCGUCUCCUCCAUCACCGCUUCCCUGCGCUUUGAAGGAGCCCUGAACGUGGAUCUGACAGAGUUCCAGACCAACCUGGUGCCCUACCCUCGCAUCCACUUCCCCCUGGCCACCUACGCACCAGUCAUCUCUGCAGAGAAGGCGUACCACGAGCAGCUGUCGGUGGCAGAGAUCACCAAUGCCUGCUUUGAGCCAGCCAACCAGAUGGUGAAGUGUGACCCCCGUCACGGCAAGUACAUGGCCUGCUGCCUGCUGUACCGUGGAGAUGUGGUGCCCAAGGACGUCAACGCCGCCAUUGCUACCAUCAAGACCAAGCGUAGUAUUCAGUUUGUGGACUGGUGCCCGACAGGCUUCAAGGUUGGUAUCAACUACCAGCCCCCCACUGUGGUGCCCGGGGGUGACCUGGCCAAGGUGCAGAGAGCUGUGUGCAUGCUGAGCAACACGACCGCCAUCGCCGAGGCCUGGGCCCGCCUGGACCACAAGUUCGACUUGAUGUAUGCCAAGAGGGCGUUCGUGCACUGGUACGUGGGUGAGGGCAUGGAAGAGGGUGAGUUUUCUGAGGCCCGAGAGGAUAUGGCUGCCCUGGAGAAGGAUUACGAGGAAGUGGGCAUGGAUAGUGUGGAGGGGGAGGGAGAAGAGGAAGAAGGGGAUGAAUACUAG